UUUUUUUUUUUCUUCUAUUUCUUUCUCUUGUACAAAUGAUUGAAUAUAUCACUACUCUAUGUAUCUCAGCCAGUAUCUAUCUGUAUUGGAAGAGUAAGAAGGAGCAAGAUACACUUCCUCCGCGCGCGCCUGGUUAUCUACCUAUCAUCGGUCAUUUGGCCCAAGUGAUGAAACCUGUUCCUGUCCAUCAAAUGUUUCAUCAAUGGAGUCAGCAAGUGGGUCCCAUCUUUACGUGUUAUUUUGGCACACAAAGAUGGAUCGUAUUAAAUUCAAUUGACACCAUCAAGGACUUGAUUGUUGAGCGUGGAACCAUUUAUUCCUCUAGAAAAUUGCCUGAUACACUAGUUCAUGAUUUCAUGCAAGGCGAUGAAGGUGGUGGGUUUGCUUUCUUUCCGUACGGUGCCAGUUGGCGCAAGUUACGCCGUAUCGCACAUGGUGGUUUAGUCAAGAGCAAAAUUGAUGUAUACCAACCGAUCCUGAAUGACCGUCGUACUGUCUUUUUAUCACAUCUGUACCAACUUUCCCAAGAAAAACACAAUGUGACACAAGGCUCUAGUCUCUCUCAAUUUAUUGAGCAUUAUACCAUGACGAGUAUCCUGGCAAUCGCAUAUGGUGAUAUGUGUAAUUUUGAACCGGGAGAUGCCAGUCUGCAUAAAGCCUUCACGAUCACGGAACGUGCAGCCAGCACGAUGGGCCCGUCCGAUCAAAUCCGAGAAUUUUAUCCGAUCAUCAAAACAUUGUGGCCACUGAAAAAGGACAAAUAUUUGAAAGUGCGCUAUGAUUCGAUCGAAUUCUAUGGCGGUCUCUUUCAACAAUUCCAAGCCAAGAUGCUACAAGGAAAGGAUCAAGUACAAGACUGCUUUGUCAAGGAUAUUGUUGAACAGAAUGAAUUGACAGAACUUCAAAUCAUAAACUUCAUUUCUAUUUUUGUUGGUGCUGGAUCAGAUACAACCACAUCCACCAUAGAAUGGUUAAUUGCCUUUUUAGCAAAUAAUCCUGAUAUGCAAGACAAGGCAUUUGAGGAAAUAGAAGAUUCCGUCGGUUUAGACAGAUUACCUGGCUCAGAAGAUGAAUCGAGAUUACCUUAUAUUCAAUGCCUUAUUCUCGAGACACUUCGUAUGCGCCCACCCGCUCCUAUUGCAAUUCCUCAUUCGACUAGUAAAGAUGAUGUCUAUAAGGGCUGGUUCAUUCCAAAAGAUACUAUCAUCGUGAUGAACCUCUAUGCUGUCCAUAGUGACCCGCUUCGCUUCCCCGAGCCUCAUGUGUUUAAACCUGAGCGUCAUAUGGAUUAUGUCGAGGCCUCAAGGAAUAAGCAAACAUUCAGCCAGUCCGUAGAAGACCGUCCCCAUUUGAGCUUCUCUACCGGUCGUCGAGUUUGUGUGGGCAUUCAUCUUGCGGAAAGAAGUCUGUUUAUGGCUGUUUCCAUGCUGAUGGCUUGUUUCAAGAUUGAAAGAGUGUCUGAUGAUUUAGUGGAUGUGGAUACUCCCAGAGAUAUUCGUGCACCCACUUGGACUCCCUGUCACUAUAAAGUCCGUAUUGUCCCAAGACAUGAGAAUGUGCAGACUUUUUUUUAACAUAAUAUAAUAAAAUAACUUAUUUUUUACCACUGAA